GGGACUGCGCGGAGGGCGUGUCCCUCAGUGAGGUAACGAAGCGAAUGUUGAAAUCCACAGGCCCCGGAGGAGGCAGCAGCACGCAGGCCUGCACACACGGUUCACCACACAGGGAACUCGACCCCCGUCGCUUGCAUUUCUCUUUCCCGUCUGCGGAGAGCGCGGAGGGAGGGCCGUCGCCAUGAGUCUGAACCAGAACCAGUCGGAGUCCGGCGGAGUCAUCAUCAACAACAGUGAGAGCGUGUUGAUGAACUACGACAAUGUGGAGCUGGUUUUCUGUGACGCGGACAGGCUGCCAGAAGCCUUCAGGAAGAGCAAGAAGGGCAGCAUCUUCCUAACUCCAUACAGGAUGAUCUUUGUGGCUAAAGGUCGUGAUGCUCUGCAGUCUUUUAUGAUGCCCUUCUACCUAAUGAAGGGCUGCGAGGUCAAGCAACCCGUCCUAGGAGCCAAUUACAUUAAGGGCACUGUCAGCGCAGAGCCAGGAGGUGGCUGGGAGGGCAGUGCUACUUUCAAGUUUGUCUUUGCUGCUGGAGGAGCAAUAGAGUUUGGCCAGUACAUGCUGCAGGUGGCAGCUCAGGCAUCCAGAGGUCAGCCAGUGACUCCUGAGUUCGGUGGAUGUCCCUACAUGGCCAACGGUGCCUACGCCUGCCCUCCUCCCCCUGCUAACGGGAUGUACCCAUCUGCACCUCCACCUGGUUACUCCUACCCCAACCCUCCUCCUCCAGGUGGAUUCUACCCCAGUCCUCCAGCGUUUGAUGCGUCUGCCGCCUACAUACCUCCACCCCCAUAUUCUGCUCAUCUGGGCCAGCAGCCGCCUCAUGACCCAGACCUUCCUUCCUCAGCAGCAGCGGAGGCUAAAGCAGCAGAGGCAGCAGCGAGCGCCAGCAGUGCCACGCUGCCUCCGACACAUGUGUACCUGCCACAUGAUAAGCCCCCUCCAUACUCCCCCCCAGAGGACAAGAAGAACCAGUAGACCUGCUUGAUCCCACCCUCAGUUCUGUUUCUCAUUUCUCCUUCUCUUGGUUCCUCUUCUAUUAACUUGGCAUCAAAAAGGCCGAAGUAAAAUUUUUAAACAUCCUCUCUCGUCUUCCUACUCCCCUUUCAAUUCAUCGUCUUUGGUCUUACCCAUUUCUCAUUCCAUUGCUUUUCUCACCUGAGCCGAAACCUUUCACAUUCCUUAAUAAUUUAGAUUUAUUCAUGAGCUUCUUUCUUCUCAGAAGCACCUUUACUUGAUGGAGAUUGGGACAAGUAUUAGUAGCACUCUGAGAGAGACCAGUAGAAGUUUGUUCAGGCCAAAGACGGUCUGGAUUUUGCGACUUUUUUCAAUGUAGUCGAGAAACACUUUGUGACCUGACCUGCUAUUUUAGCAUUUAUUGCCUUGUAAGUGUCACAAGAAUCAUUCCGCCACUCUAAACUCUGGAUUCAGCUCAUUUUGAAUCUUCUCUGACUGUUUAUUGAACUAAACUCAACCGAAUGAUGUUUCUUUGCUAACCUAGCCAGAGGCAAGCUGAAUGCAGUCUUUUAUUUUUCUAUCAUUUGUGUGUACAGGCUUUUAAUAUGUAGACUUUUAAAAAUGAGAUAUUUUUCUCAAGAACACUAACCUAGAUGAAAAACUAGUGUUUGUAAAGCCAGCGGCUCGCAAGGCGACCUGGUCCACUUUGAUGUGUUUUAGUGGAUGAGAGUAGCCACACAGAUUAGAGCAUUGAAGAUCUGAUCCUGGAUUAGAGCAGAGAGCGAGGGCGGCCAGGACCGGGAGGGACAAACCGCCAGGAGGGAUUAUUUCUAAUGUGCAAGAGCAGAACAGUCACCCAGUGAUAUCACUUCCUGUUUUGUCAGACUCACCGCCAACCUGCUUCACCUCUCAUUCGUCUAACAUGCGUUUUCACCAUCCUAACAGGACCAUCAGAGGAGGUUUAUUCUUUCUGUGGUUGCGAAAACAUUUGAGGUCAGCCCGAUCUCUGAGCGUCGACUCUUCCUCCCUCUGUGGUCAUUAAUCUAUAAACUGUAUCUGUGGCACAUCCGUGGCUGAUUAUUUGCACUUUCAGAAUGCUAUGCAUCGGGCCCCUGUUCGCUCUGUCAUGGCUGUGUGUAAAAUAAUAAUAAACCUCUGUAUUUAUUUCAAACUAAUUUAUUGAAUAAUUCAUGUAAAAUGGCUUAAAUAAGAAAAAGCAUGACCUCAACUGAUGAAUGUGUGCAUUGGAUUGCAUUUUAUUAAAUGGAUCUUGAUUCAUGUGGAACACAGCUGUCUUUUGUCUUUGUUUCUACACCGACAACUGCUAUCACACGCUGAUGGUGUUCCACUUUAGUGCACGAGCAUAUGUAACAUGUUCCAGAGUCAGCAGGAGGACAUAUGUUUUAAUGUCAUUCGGCCAAAUCGGCUCGGAAAUGUGCUUUUUUAUUUUUUUACUCCUCCUCAGAGUCAGUAGUCCCCGUCUGCACUUUCAGCAACUUGUGCAAAUCCACAGCAGUUUCUUAACGUAUGGUGCAGGACGUCCUGAGCCUCUAGUACCUUUACAGUGCAAAAGUCACAGCUAGGCUUUCUAUGUGCUCCCCAUUUUUAAAAACAAGACUCUGUUAAAACAGCAGAUUUCAUCACCACUCAAAUCAGCAUCACAGGUUUCACACAGUUCAGGCAGGGCAAUUACUUUGUGCAUCAAUGAUCAGAUCCCAACACAAUGCUGCUUAACAUUUACAGUAAAGAUGUACAGUUCUAUGCAUUUUGGUUUCUCUUACAUCACCUACAGAGAGGAGAUUGUAGUUUAAUAGGAAACUUAAAUGAAGCAGGAUCUCUAGCGUUGUUGUCCUGUACGCACUGACUCCAUUAUAAUAUAAACUGGCUCACAUCUUUACGUUGCCUGAAUUCUGCCAAGAGAUGAAACGAUAAGAAAAAAAAUCUGAAUGACUGCUUUCGAUGAGUGCACGACAAUAAAUAUUACAGCAAUGUAGAGAGGAAAUACAAUCUGAUAUUACAAGAAUAAAGUUGUAAUUUUAGCCUGCAUUAAGUCAUACUUUAGUAUAGAUUUCCCAAUUAACAAAAUCUUUUCGCUCAUCAGGAGUUUGAAUAGAUCGCGCAAGGAAUUUUGCCUGUUCCAAAGAAUGAACCACACAGACUUGGAGGAAGUUGUUUGUCAGUAGUUUUUUUGAAAAAUUGUGAGAUAAGCUCAAGAUUUUUGGAUUUUUAAAUCCUUGUUUUUAUAAUAUGACUAUAUCCUUGUAACAUUAUGCCUUCCUCCUCAAUUACAUGUUUAUUCUUGUAAUAUCACAACAUUAUUGACCUGAACUUUAAAAAUAAGACGUUUCAAAAUAAAAUGAAGUACCAGUAAAACCUUCAGAUUUUCAGACAGCUUGGAUGAUAGUUUGAACAGAUGGCUUCUCAUAGCAUUACAAAAACGGCCUUUUAUUUUUCUAAUACUUGCUUUGCUGCGCUGACUCAUGUAUGUGCGCAGUGUGUAUGUCUUUCCCAACCCCAGUAAUAGAGUCCUUUGUUCUAGAUUAAACUCAAUGUCCAGUGAUCUGACUCACUGAGUGAAGGAGAUGCUUCUUCUCUACCUGAGAGUAGACAUCUAUCUAAACCUGGGACUUAUUACCUACAUGCUAUGAA